UUCAUCAUCUUCAGCAUGUUCUUCUCGGCAGAAACAUGGACUCUGCUGGCGUUCUUGGUGGCGCUGCUGGUCAUAUAUGGAUCCUGGCCUCAUAGGUACUUCAAGAAGCUGGGCAUCCCGGGGCCCAAAACCAUCCCAUUCUUCGGCACCAUGCUGAGAUACAAGGAUGGCUUUCAUGUCUUCGAUAUGGAUUGUUUUGAGAAGUAUGGACGGAUCUGGGGUAUCUAUGACGGGAGGCAGCCUGUUCUGUGCAUCAUGGACCAAACCAUCAUCAAAACCGUUCUGAUCAAAGAGUGUUACUCCCUCUUCACCAACAGAAGGAACUUCCGUCUGAACGGGGCGCUGUACGAUGCCGUGUCCAUCGCAGAAGAUGACGACUGGAGGAGGAUCCGCAGCGUCCUCUCACCAUCCUUCACCAGCGGAAGGCUGAAGGAGAUGUUUGGCAUCAUGAAGAAACACAGUCACAUUCUGGUUGACAGCAUGGGGAAAACAGCAAAGAGAGGAGAGUCUGCGGAUAUUAAAGAGUUCUUCGGUGCGUACAGUAUGGAUGUGGUGACCAGCACUGCGUUCAGCGUCGACAUCGACUCCCUCAACAACCCCAAAGACCCAUUCGUGACCAACAUCAAGAAAAUGCUGAAGUUUGACCUGCUGAACCCUCUCUUCCUGUUGAUCGCUUUUUUCCCCUUCAUGGCCCCCGUCCUGGAGAAGAUGGAUUUCGCCCUUUUCCCCACAUCUGUGACCGAUUUCUUCUACGCCGCCUUACAGAAGAUCAAGUCCGACAGAGACACGAAGACAGUGGCCAAAGACAACACGAAGAAGAGAGUGGACUUCCUGCAGCUGAUGGUUGAUUCUCAGACUGGAGUGAAACACAAAAGUGAUGGAGAGCACACGGAGAAAGGUCUGAGUGACCACGAGAUCUUGUCGCAGUCCAUGAUCUUCAUCUUCGCCGGUUACGAGACCAGCAGCAGCACUCUGUCCUUCCUCUUCUACAAUCUGGCAACCAACCCAGAGACCAUGAAGAAACUGCAGGAGGAGAUCGACGAGACCUUCCCCAACCAGGCCCCGGUGGACUAUGAAACCCUGAUGAGCAUGGACUACCUGGACGCAGCGCUGUCCGAGUCUCUGCGGCUGUACCCCGUCGCUGCCCGCCUUGAGCGCGUCUGCAAGAAGACAGUGGAGAUCAACGGCCUCCUCAUCCCCAAAGACUUGGUGGUCAUGGUGCCGACCUACGCCCUCCACAGAGACCCCGAUUACUGGAGCGAACCGGAGAGCUUCAAACCCGAGAGGUUCACUAAAGGCAAUAAAGAGUCGAUAGACCCCUACAUGUACAUGCCGUUCGGUCUGGGCCCCAGGAACUGCAUCGGCAUGCGUUUCGCUCAGGUGACCAUGAAGCUGGCCAUCGUGGAGAUCCUGCAGAGGUUCGACGUCUCUGUGUGUGACGAGACACAGGUUCCUCUGGAGCUGGGCUUCAAUGGCCUACUGUCCCCGAAAGACCCCAUCAAGCUGAAGCUUCAGCCGCGCAAGCUCUCGCAGUCGCCGGACGUGUGCAACAACAACCAGAAAUCAUGAAGAGACUCGCUGACUGAGUCUGAGGAGGAGGAGGAGGAAGAAGAGGAGGAGGAGGAGGUCUGAUCUUCAUACAGCAUCACUCUGGUGUCUUAGGAGAACUCAGCGGACAGAGUCUCAGUCCUAUUGUAGAAGAGUAGUUCACACAACAAUCAACAUUCACUCUAUUUAUUUCCCCCAAGUGCCUCCAACACUAUUGGAGUUUAAACACUACAGAAGAUGUUUUGAAGAAUGCUGAAAACCUCUAAACACUGAAUCUAAAGUAGGAAAAACAAAUACUAUCAAAGUCAGUGGUGAGCGGUUUAAACAUUCUUCAAAACAUCUUCUGAUGAAAGAGACUCAUAAAGGGCUGAAGUAAAGGAGUAAAUGAUGACGGAAUAUUCACUAUUUAAACUCUCUAUAACCUGCUCAAUCACAAUAAAGUCAACCGUUAAAGUCUGCA